AUGAAUCUAUCAGCACGUAUCAUUUUCAUCGCCAGCGUGACAGGAGGUAUCCUUGGGGAUGUUCUGAGACUUGAUGUCCAUCGCCGACUCGUGAAGGAUGCCAGAAUGCCGCUCUUGAGUCUCCAUGUCGAUCUGCAAGCCGACGGUCAAAAGAUGGCGGCGGUCGUGGACACAGGUUCGUCUGCCCCCUUGUGGGUGUGGAAGGAUUGGUAUGAGAAAGAGCUCGGAGUAGGAGCAUGCGAGAAGCUGGUCUUCAAGUGCUAUAAAUGUCCGCAGGGUUGUGUACCUGGUAAAACCACGACCAUUAUAUUUGGAGGCAACGUAGCAGCUACAGUCUUUCAGCAUAUCGGAGUAGUACGAUUUGGUUCGACGACAGUCAGAGACAUCAAGUUCGGUCUGAUAACAGGCUAUAACCCUCCCCCUACUGUAUACGUGCCGCACCCUAUAUUCGGCCUCGGACCAGUCCGUGAUCCAAACUAUCCCUCUAUUAUGGCACAAUUAGUGGGCCGGGAGCUUAUCAAGGAGAGCACAUUCUCCCUCUAUUUGAAGCCCGAAACCCUCUUUAAGAAGGGGUUCGAUGGAGAACUCCUCCUCGGUGGAGGCGAUCCGAAACUAUACAAAGGGCAGCUGAGAUAUGUGCCGAUUGUGGUUGCAAACCAUUUCGAAGCGGUGCUGGAGGGGCUACAAGUUGGUAAUGGGAAGUCUACGUCUCUCAAGGAAAAUGUAAACCUCGACACCGGCAGCAACUACUUGUAUGUUCCGGACUCUAGAAUGGUGGAACUUCUGAAGGAUAUUGAGGAGCAAGCGACCCUGAAGGCGAAGACUCAAGUUAAGCUUACAUACUACAAGCCAGCCAACGUUUGGGAGGUCGACUGUGUCUAUCGUAAAUUCAUGCCGACGCUAAGAUUCUUGUUUCAAGACUCUGCAGGCCAGGAGGUCGCGCUCGAGCUCGACUAUGGGAGCUAUAUUCCUAUGCGAAGCGGAGUAUGCUAUUUGGAAAUAAUGGGCAAACCACAAAGUAUGUGGAUACUUCCUGACAUCAUGCUGGUUGCCAACUACCUCGAAUUUCAGCCUGAUCAGGAGAGAGUUGGCAUCGCCAGACUCAAACUGUGA